UGGCCCGGGGCGGGGCGGCCCGGUCCCCGGUCCCAUCCCCCUCCCAGCCCUUCGCCCUCCCAGAUCCUUCCCGCGCCCUUCUUCCCUUCCCGCUUUCCCCGGGAGAAACAUGGCCGGGAGCAGCGAGGAGGCGCCAGACUACGGGCGAGGCGUCGUGAUUAUGGAUGAUUGGCCAGGAUAUGACUUGAAUUUAUUCACAUACCCACAGCACUAUUAUGGAGAUUUGGAGUAUGUCCUCAUACCUCAUGGCAUCAUUGUGGACAGAACUGAACGGUUGGCUAAGGAUAUUAUGAAAGACAUAGGAUACUGUGACAUUAUGAUCCUGUGUGUGCUUAAAGGAGGUUACAAGUUCUGUGCAGAUCUUGUAGAACACCUUAAGAACAUCAGUCGAAAUUCAGAUAGAUUUGUCUCUAUGAAGGUUGAUUUCAUCAGACUAAAAAGUUACAAGAACGACCAGUCCAUGGGCGAGAUGCAGAUAAUCGGAGGCGAUGAUCUUUCAACACUGGCUGGAAAGAAUGUCCUCAUUGUUGAGGAUGUUGUUGGAACCGGGAAGACCAUGCGAGCACUGCUCAGUAGCAUAGAGAAAUACAAGCCCAACAUGAUUAAGGUAGCCAGUUUGUUGGUGAAGAGAACACCUAGAAGUGACGGCUUUAGACCCGACUAUGUUGGAUUUGAGAUUCCAAACUUAUUUGUGGUGGGUUAUGCCUUAGAUUACAAUGAAUACUUCAGAGAUCUGAACCACAUAUGUGUGAUCAAUGAACAUGGCAAAGAAAAGUAUCGAGUCUAAAGGAGUAAAUUCUCACCAACGAAUCUCCAGAUAACAUCAUACUUACGACUAUAGUCGGAAAGCCAGCAUGUAAAGUUUGUCUCCCCAGGCAUCUUCACUCAGCAGGAGAUAAAAGAAAACAAAAAUGUUUUAAUGAGAGAGGUUUCUUUUCUGAGGUUAUAACAUAAAGAAUACCAAAGGUUCUUAAGGAAAAUUAAGCAGUGUUUUUAUUUGACUUGCUCCAAAUUAAAUACUCCACCUUGUGACUCAUGCGUUCUAUCUACCUUCACACUCCAGAACUUCACCUUCUUUUAUUCCGAUACAGUUAUUAUGCUUGAUGACUAUACCCCCACCUAGUUACUCAAAUAUUUUUCACUUAACUUUUUUUUUUUUAAUAUUCCAUUUUGGUAAUAUUUUGCAAUCUGGAGAAACUGGAAGCCUUUUCAGUUAAGCUCUGAACGCAAAUCCUGGGAAUGCAACUAGAUUCCCAUACUCAAAAAGGAGGGAAAGGACAAUUUAAUAUAAAUUUCUGUUUGUGCAUUUCUGGCAGGCCAUUACUAUUUGCUUUGACAAAGCCUUUUUGAACUGUAGCAUAUAAUGAAUCUUAAUGAUGUUAUGAAAUGAGCCUUUGCUCAGUGCUGUUGAUCGGAGCUUCCGGUAUGUGAUAACGGUAUGUCAUGCAUGCAUGGAUGUACUCAACUGUGUUUAAUACUCUGAAUUUUAAUUAGAAAAAGUACAAUGGCAGCAAGGCCCUCGUUUCUAAGCUACAUCGUUUUAUUCGUGUGGGACAUGAGCAAAUGGCAGAAUUCGUGGGGCGGGGGGUUCAAUUCAAAACUAAGCAAGUAUGAGUUUUUCCUCUUAUUUACAUCAAAGGACAAGACACUAUUAUAUAUUAUCAUCAACACGAACACAGAGGUUGAAUUAUUUUUUUGAGUGGUCUUAGAAUCUGACAGCCGACAGCCCAAGGCACCACAGAAAACCAGCACACUUAAGAAAGUUGUUUUCUGAAUAACAUUUUUUCCAUUUCCACUGUUUUAUGAGAUGUUUUCUAAUUUAUGGGGAUUUUAAUUGAAAAUGAACUCGAGUGCCAAUAGAACUGUUUUUUUCUCACUUCCUAAAAGGAAAAAAUGCAAAAUAAAUAGCUAAGCAGCCUUUGUUUGGUUCUGAACCAUUUGUGACAUAUUAUUAUCAGGUUCUAGCUUCCUUUAAACUAAUAAAGAAUAAAAAACCUUGUUACGUUUCAUAA